GUCUCAAGAGGUGGCGCCAAAUGUAAAUUCGGAUGAAAUGGCACAUCUGUUAUGUUUGUUUUUUCCGUGACUCUUUUCCACGCGACUGCGAGCAGGACAAGAUGUUCACGGCAAGCGCCAAAAUCGUGAAAGCCGGCGGUGCCGAGCCCGAUGCAUUCGAGUCCAGCAUCUCCCAAGCUCUUCUGGAUCUUGAGAUGAAUUCUGAUCUCAAAUCACAGCUUCGAGAGCUUUACAUCACUAAAGCUCGUGAAAUUGAGACAAAUAACAAGAAAUCUAUCAUCAUCUAUGUCCCGAUGCCCAAACUGAAGGCUUUCCAGAAGAUUCAGACACGAUUGGUACGUGAGCUUGAGAAGAAAUUCUCAGGUAAACACGUGAUGUUCGUUGGUGAGAGGAAAAUCCUUCCCAAGCCAACGAGGAAGACACGUACAAAGAACAAGCAGAAGAGGCCAAGAAGCCGAACCCUCACGGCUGUGUAUGAUGCACUGUUGGAGGAUCUCGUUUACCCAGUGGAGAUUGUUGGAAAACGAAUCCGAGUUAAGCUGGACGGUUCUCAAUUAAUUAAAGUUCAUCUGGACAAGAAUGAACAGACGAACAUUGAGCACAAGGUUGACACCUUUGGUGCCGUCUACAAGAAGCUGACGGGACGCGAUGUGACAUUCGAAUUUCCGGAAUCGUAUGUCUAAUUUAUA